AUGCGUGAAAUUGUUCACAUCCAAGCUGGUCAAUGUGGAAACCAAAUUGGUUCCAAAUUUUGGGAAGUUAUCUCCGAUGAACAUGGUAUUGAUCCAACUGGUACCUAUCAUGGAGAUUCAGAUCUUCAACUUGAACGUAUCAACGUUUAUUACAAUGAAGCUGCUGGAGGCAAAUAUGUUCCACGUGCUGUUCUUGUCGAUCUCGAACCAGGAACUAUGGAUUCAGUUCGUAGCGGUCCCUUUGGUCAACUUUUUCGACCAGACAACUUCGUCUUUGGUCAAUCGGGUGCUGGUAACAAUUGGGCCAAAGGUCAUUAUACUGAGGGUGCCGAAUUAGUUGAUUCAGUCUUGGAUGUUGUCCGCAAAGAAGCUGAAUCCUGCGAUUGUCUUCAAGGUUUUCAAUUAACCCAUUCACUUGGUGGUGGUACUGGAUCUGGUAUGGGUACUUUACUCAUCUCAAAGAUUCGUGAAGAAUACCCAGAUCGUAUUAUGAUGACUUUCAGUGUCGUCCCAUCACCAAAGGUUUCGGACACCGUUGUUGAACCAUAUAAUGCCACACUUAGUGUACAUCAACUCGUCGAAAAUACUGACGAAACGUACUGUAUUGAUAAUGAAGCAUUAUAUGACAUCUGUUUCCGUACAUUGAAAUUGACAACGCCAACAUACGGUGAUCUUAAUCACUUAGUCUCGGCCACAAUGUCAGGUGUUACAACAUGCCUCCGAUUUCCAGGUCAGUUGAAUGCUGAUUUACGUAAAUUGGCUGUAAAUAUGGUUCCAUUUCCACGUUUACACUUCUUCAUGCCUGGCUUCGCACCACUCACAUCACGUGGCUCACAACAAUACCGUGCAUUGACCGUUCCCGAACUUACCCAACAGAUGUUCGAUGCUAAGAACAUGAUGGCUGCAUGUGAUCCACGACAUGGCCGAUACUUGACUGUUGCCACCAUCUUCCGUGGUCGCAUGUCAAUGAAAGAAGUCGAUGAACAAAUGUUGAAUGUUCAAAACAAAAACUCAUCGUACUUCGUCGAAUGGAUCCCAAACAACGUUAAGACAGCUGUUUGCGAUAUUCCACCACGUGGUCUUAAGAUGGCAGCCACAUUUAUUGGUAAUAGCACAGCUAUUCAAGAAUUAUUCAAACGCAUUUCGGAACAAUUUACUGCUAUGUUCCGCCGAAAGGCUUUCUUGCAUUGGUAUACAGGCGAAGGCAUGGAUGAAAUGGAAUUUACUGAAGCUGAGUCAAACAUGAAUGAUCUUGUCAGCGAAUAUCAACAAUACCAAGAUGCUACAGCCGAAGAAGAAGGUGAAGGUGUCGAAGGUGAAGAAGAAGAACAACACGCUUAA